GCCGUUUUAUUCCCCUAUAUGUCAGGACGUGUUUGGGGCUAAAGCCCGUUCAGGCAUCAUGUAAGGCAAUAGAAAUCCCACUCAUCUGUAUAUUCUGUUACCAUGCCUGGCCUGCGGUGGUGCUCACAGCUUCUCUGGGCAAGAAUACUAUGGAAGCCCAGGAGGAAAUACCUGGAGAAACGGCACAUGUAUUGCAAAACAACAAUAACCUUGAAGAAGAUGAACAGGCCUCACAGAUAACAGAGUCGGAUACCCCUGACAAGACACCAGUACUUUUAUGUAACAAUGGUAUCGUACAUAGUAUCUCAGGAAAGGCCCAAGAUGAAUCCAGAGAAGAAGGUCCUUCAAAUGAUAAUGUUGGAGUACAGAGUUUGCCCCUAGCAACUGAAGAGGAUACACAAACUGUUCUGGUUCAGUCUUUGCCUUGUACUCUGCCACCACAGGAAGCUAAGGAGGUAGCUGAACAGCUGGAAGGCUUACAUUUUCAAAACCGUACUAUGGGCGAUUAUAUCGGAGGGACUGACUCUCUCCAAGUAAAUAAUUGCCUGCCUAUUUCUGGUAAAAUAGAGGCAGAGGAUGUUUAUGCCAAUGAAGAAAGUUCUUCAGAAGACUCCUCUUCAGACAGUGACUCGGAUUCAUCAUCCUCCUCUUCUACAUCAUCAUCUUCUCUGUCUUCAUUGCUCCAACUUGAUGAUGAACCACUAGAAAACAAUGACGUUCCUUUGAAGACUAAAGAUGAGCUACUUGUGGAUGAGUUACCGGAAGUUGAAGAAUUAUCCAUUAGCCUGCCAGACCACGUUGAAUUAAAGCCAUUUGGAACAGUUUCAAGCAUUAUCGAACAAUUGGUAAUUAUUGAGUCUUUGCGUGAUAUUCUACCGUUAAAUGAGGAGACUGUCGUUUUUAAAGAGGAUCGAGGCGUUGUUGGCAAGAUAUUUGAGAUAUUUGGACCUGUACCACAUCCGUUUUAUGUCGUUCGAUUUAAUUCUAAAGAUCAUAUUGAAUCUAUCGGAGUCAAGAUGAAAGAUGCCUUGUAUUUUGCUCCAUCUGUUAAGGAUUUUACACAGUAUAUAAUCCCUGAUGCAUUAAAAAGAGAUAGAGGUUCUGAUGCUUCAUGGACUAAUGACCAAGAGCCACCUCCAGAUGUGGUAGACUAUAGCGAUGACGAGAAGGAACGAGACGCAAAACAGAAGAAAAAAGCUCAGAAUUUAGUAAAAAAGAAGCAGAAAUCAGAUCCAGACAAACCAGCAACGAAUGCCCAGGUAUCGCAACGGUUUUCUGGUGCUCAGACAUUUUCAAGACGUUAUGAAAGAAAUGGUUCUACGCCUCAUUUCUCUCGCGGACGGGGUUCACAUACGCAAGAAAAUAAUUAUGGACAACACCACCAACCAUAUUACCCUUCUGGCUUUCUAGGACAGCAUAUGAUGCCGCAGUCAUAUACUUACCACAAUCCUAAUUCUCAAGAAUACGCUAUGCCAAUGGCAAAUAACGGUUACCACGCCCUUAUGCCAAAUUUCUAUGGACAGUAUGCUAAUAUGCAGGCAUUUCCGCCUCCUGAUGUUAAUUGGCCUGCAUAUGCUUAUAUGCAAAACUCGCACUUGUACAAUCUGCCUCCUCCUCCACCACCACCACCACCACCACCACCACCUGCUCCUCCAAAUUCAGGAGAGCCUAGCUAUUGAAGUAUUAUUUUGGCCUUUCCAGAUAUAAAAUAUUAUUUUGAUGGUGAUUUUCAGUCUACGUUCGAAAUGUUAAUGUGAAAUUGCUGAAGCCUUUAAUGUACUGUAAGGAAAUGUUUUGUAUAUG